ACUUACCGAGAAGUGAAUAAUAUCCAAAUCCAUUAGACCAUAUGAUCUGAAACGAGUGUGUGUAUCGAGUCAUGAGUCAACUAGCUGCGAGGACAGGUUUACGAGCUCUGCUUGUACACAGCAGAGUGAAUCGUAACAUGUUCAUGAGGUGUGUUUCCGCUGUUAAAAAUGGGGAAGACACAAAGAAACCAAUGCCAGUUCAUGACUGGUGCGGCGGUUUUGUCGAUUUUAAUAUCCGUUCUGAGCAUGUCCAAGUAUACUUGAUAGGAGAUUUCAACAUGAGGUGGAGGAGGAUGUGUUCUGCGUCGGCUACCGAGAAGAAAGAUGAAAAGCCGAGGAUCGAUAAGGUGAAGAAAGAUCAAGACGGCGGUGGAUCUGUGGCGGUUCCGAGUUAUUGGGGAAUAGAGACGGCCAAGAUGAAAAUUGCUCGCAAAGAUGGGUCCAAAUGGCCUUGGAACUGUUUUAUGCCGUGGGAGACACAUCAAGCAGACUUAACGAUAGAUUUUAAGAAGCACCACGUUCCAGAGAAUAUGGCCGACAAAAUCGCGUACGUGAUAGUCAAGAUCCUCCGUGUUCCCACCGACAUAUUCUUUCAGAGACGUUACGGAUGCAGAGCAAUGAUGCUAGAGACGGUAGCAGCAGUACCGGGAAUGGUAGGAGGAAUGCUCCUCCACCUAAAAUCAAUCCGAAGAUUCGAACACAGCGGAGGUUGGAUCAAAGCGUUGCUAGAAGAAGCAGAGAAUGAGAGGAUGCAUCUAAUGACGAUGAUGGAGUUAGUCAAACCCAAAUGGUACGAGCGUCUUCUAGUGAUACUCGUUCAAGGCGUUUUCUUCAGCUCUUUCUUCACUUGCUACGUGGUUUCGCCGCGGUUGGCUCAUCGUAUCGUUGGAUACUUGGAAGAAGAAGCUAUACAUUCUUACACGGAGUUUCUUAAAGACAUAGAUGAUGGGAAAAUCGAGAACGUUAAGGCGCCGGCGAUUGCAAUUGAUUAUUGGAGGUUGCCGGAGGAUGCUACGUUGAAGGAUGUUGUCACUGUGAUUCGUGCUGAUGAAGCUCAUCAUCGAGAUGUCAACCAUUUUGCUUCCGACAUUCGUAAUCAAGGAAAGGAAUUGAGAGAAGCAGCAGCUCCAAUUGGUUAUCACUAGCGAAAAGUUGUUAUAUUACGUACUCUAGUUUUUAAAAUCGUUUUGGAGUGUGAUGAUGAAUGUACUGCACAUCUUGGUUAGCAUAAUGAAACUAGAAUCGUGGAAGCCUGUAACUUUUCAGGUUUCCAAUAAUAGAGAAUAAUAUUUUAUUAAUUUUUAGUUUAAUUUUAAAACGAUGUAAAUAUAAUCAGUAGACGUUAGUUUAUAUUUUAUAUUAUAUUUUAUAACGGUUUAAUAUGGCAUAACCGUUUUUUUUUUGUUCUGCAACAAUAUGGCAUAACCGUUAAAAAGUGAGUUUGUGUCUUUGUGAUACGUCUUAUAACAUUGUUUUAUUUUCUAUUUUUUUUUGUGUGGUGUUUAUGUUUUAUUCGCUUUAUAAAAAAAAACAAGUUACCAUUGGCUUAUAACAGUAAAUCUUUUUCCUUUUGCCUAAGCUUUGAUAAACAUUAAACCUGCAUGUUGAAAAAACAAAUUAGUGUUAGCAUUAGCUAAAUCCUUUAUAUACUAAAUCACAAUCAAAUUCUGACACAUAGGAAAUGUUUAAAAAAAUUAUAAAAAAAAAGGCAAAAAAAAAAUUGCAAAACAGUUUGUCUAUUUAUCGUUUAACUGAUAUUUUUAUAAAAUUUUAAAAAAAAUCUUACAAAUUCUCACACUAAACCUGCAAUCUCACCAUUUUGGAAUCGUUGAUCUCUUUCUCCUACACUUAACUUUAUCUCUAUUGCUUUCAGAAAUUUUUAAUUCUUAAAUUCUGUGUAACAGCUUCUAACCCUUUACAAAAUGUGACGUGGAAAUGUAAACUUUUAUACAUGUAGAUGAUCAAAGACUUUUACUGGCGCAUACACAAUAUCGAAUCUACAAUUUUUGAUCCAUAUCAACAGAAUUUCUGGCGUAAUGGUGGCACAACAAUAGUUUUCAAAAAUCCUCUCAAUAUAUUAAGAAUUAUUUUUUGUUGAAAUGGACGGGUAAGGUGAGCGUACUCCAAGUUGGCUGAAAAGCCCAUGUUAGUAACUCUAAAAACAUCAACCUCUUCAAGCUCAAUUCCUAAUUUGCAUGAUGUUAAAUUAUUUUUUCAUAACCUUUUUUCUCUUCUCUUCUAAUCUAAUUAUUGCUUUUUCCUCUGUUGCUUUUAAGAUAUUGACCAAAACUACAUACCAGGUGAUAAAAAAAACAAGUCACUAAUUUUAAUAUUUUCAAAUUGGACUAUAUCAAUUCUCUUUUUUUUUUUAAGCUUGAUUAUAUCAGUUCUCAAUUGCUGGAAAUGCUUAUUUUGUGUGGUGGUGAUAAUUCAGGGAACAAGACUAAGAAAGACUCAUCGUAAAUACACAUACAAGGCUUUGAAAUUUUCAGACGUGCCACCAGUAGGGAAAAAAAUGUGAUGAUAAUUAGAAGGCAACAAAUGUACUUUAAGUAACUCAGGUGAGGUCAUAGGGGAAACCAAGAAGACUCAUGUAUUGUCAAGAUGAAAACCUAAUCUGAUCAGGUUGGUCUUCUUUAUUUUUAUUUAUGUAUUUAUUUUGUUUACUUUGAUCAAUAUAUACCUCUUUGCUAUUAUUUUUCUUAUAAUACAGUAAUCAAAUUUGUAGAUUUUCUUAGAAACAGAAAUGUUGAAACAAAUAUAGCAUUGAAAAUGAUAAAUUGUAAAGGAUGCAAUGAAAGAAAAGAAAAGCAUUUCAUAGGAAAAGAGGGUAAAAGCUUCAAAAGAUACCAACUUCAAUUAUCUACACAAACAAGGUUGGUAUUUUAAUUGUACUUAUGCAAAAGAUAUGGUCCAAAUGCUGAGAAGAUGUGAGUUUGUUAUACUCGUUUGCCAUGCUUAUGUAAAUUGUAUUUUGAUUAGUUUUGUGAUUAUUGUUUCAGUUCGAAAGGAAGAGUUGUGGAACCGCCUCCAAAGUCACGGAGGUCAAGAAGCCGUAGUCCUAGAAGGAGAAGUCGCAGUCCCCGUAGGAGGUGAGUUGCAGGGACUUCGUGGUUUAUUAUUGGAUUAGCCCUCGUGCACGUCUGAAUACUUGUAAUUGAUUUACAUAAACUUUAGGUCCCGAGAUGAUUAUAGGGAAGGAAAGAGACUACAGGAAGAGGAGCAGGCGCUGCAGGUCUCUUCCUUUUCCAACCUCUUUAUUUCAUGUUGUUGAAAAUAUUAUCAUGAGUCCAAGUUUUUGACUUGCUAAAGUGCGUCUCCUGCUCGCCGCAGCCGCAGCCCUAGAAGUGCCCCCCCACUAAAAGCCUCUCAUGAAAUGCGAAGAAGCAAAGAGAGGUCUCUGACUCCUCUUCCCCGUAGCCGUAGCCCAAGAAGCCCUUCUCUUGAAAAGGCCUCUCCUGAAAGGAAGAGAAAUGAUAGGUUCCCAUCUCCUCGCGACAAAGCUCGUAGUCAAUCUCCUUAUG